CUCAGCAUUUCUGGAAAGCGUAAGGUCUAGCUUUCUCUCCUUGCUGCCCUGGAGUCUCCAUCAGCUAAAAUGUCUCAUUUUGUGCUCCUUCUGUGGAUUAUGAUACAGACCUUUAUAGCCCACGCUGCAUCCGAAGACGUUGUUAGAGGAAUAAUAGGCCAACCUGUUACGUUGCCUUGCUCCUACCAGGUGGCACGAAAAAAGGACAUCUCUGAUAUGUGCUGGGGCAGAGGCCCGUGCCCAAAUUCCAAGUGCAAUAACAAAAUUCUGCACACUGCUGGGAAUAGAGUGACGUACAGAAAAUCUCCGAGAUACAAUCUUCAGGGCCAUAUUUCCUACGGAGAUGUGUCCCUCACCAUUGGGAAAGUGAUGGCAGGAGAUGCAGGUACAUACUGCUGCCGUGUGGAGAUCCCGGGCUGGUUCAAUGACAUCAAAAAGAACGUACAGCUGGAGGUGGUCAGAGCCCCUCCAGUGUUGAGAACCACCACAACAAAGGCUGCAGUUUCCCCAACACCUUUCAGGAAAACAACUUUUUCUCCCCAAGCAACCUCUGGUCAUCAAGCAACAGCAAAGACCGCUGUCCUCCUAACAACUACCUUCCCCCCAGCAACAACUGCACCCACUGACCAUCAAACAACAGCAGAGACUGCUGUCCUCCUGUCAACCCCCAUCCCCGAAGCAAUAACUUCACCCACUGUGUCUCCGGCAGUAACUACACUGGAGACCAUUGUUCCUCCAACAUUUGCUGUGACAACAAAAGACACUUUCCCUGAAACUAUGGUGAUUACCAGUGCUCUCCCAGACUUUUCAACUGGUUUCCAAGCAGCUGACAUGAGGACUGAAGAAGAUGACCUGUUCUGCUCAGCGGAGUCUGUCCCUCUUCCUGGAGGCACAAAGGUGAAUACUGAAUUCCCAAGUACGCUUUUGACUGCAGAAGUAACUGAAAAUGCUGACACUUCUCUCGUGGUGGAAGAUCUGCCAACUGCAGAGAUUCCAGCAAGUUCAAGUGGCAAGGCUGGACAUGAUGAUAAAAGAGAUAAGUUUCCCGUCUAUGCCAUUCUAAUCGCCUGUCUCGUACUGGUGUUCAUUCUUUUCAUACUGAUGCUUUCGUUGUUUUGGAAACUUCACCCUGCAAACUUCAGCCCAUGCUGGGGCAGAGCUCUUUCCCAGGGCUUUCCUGUGCGUUCUACUUCAAGGACAAGAGGAGUUCAGUUUUUCAAUGGAAUGGAGCUGGAUCUGCUGUGGUUGCCUGCUUCAGACAGACUUCACAGGGAACAAACCCCCUCAACUGCUGAAGAGAAACAGAGCUGGUUUAUCAAGCUUGUCCAUACGUCCAAGGUGGAUGUAUGGAUUACAAAGCCUGGGAGGUCCUGUGACAGUGCUGUCGCAAGAAUAGUGUAAACAAAUCUUAAUACUGGAAACAAGAUGCUAGGAAGCUACAGGGCCUCCCUUUCUGCAGCAUCAACACUGCUUGUCCAGCUCUUCUGUGGGCUAACACUGGGGCGGUGAUUUGUCUUCUGGCUUCUGCCUGGGGUUUAUCUUAUCGCAUUGCAUCCCAUUAGUUUUGUCAAGCUGUGCGGGAGGUGCUCCCAGCACCUGGAGGAAGAAAGAGGGAAUACCCAUCUGUGCUCGGACUUUUGCACUUUUUGUGCUGUUAUUGUGAUACUUCUUGUCAGGUGUGUAAGGCUUUUGUUAGGAGUCUGCUAGGAUGAGAUUUCCCCCUUGCUCUCCACCUACUGCAUUUUUCUCACGCCCUUACCUAGAUCUAUGUUGAUUUCUUUUCCUUGAAACUUUGCCAGGCUUGCCAGUGGCUGGGUGUUUGGUAGAGUUCACAUUUAUCAGCUCAUUCUUCCCUCUUCUCUAGUUCAUUCAUUUCCUGUCUAUAGCUGAGUUAUUCUACAGAAGAAAUUAAUAUUGUGAUGCAAAGAUACUGGAUGGCACUUUCAGACAUGAUGCCUGCAGCUUCAUAAAACCUAAUGAAGGAGAGAGGAAUAUUCCAAGAGAAAAAGGGAAAAUGUCAUGAUUUAUUGCUUAUAAACAGCUCCUUGGAUCUUGUUAUCUUUGCUGUGUAGGGGCCUGAGAUCUAGAUUGAGCUUUAUAAUUCAC